AAGUAUCUCUCCGCCUCCGCCAUAACCCAGGCUUGAGGCUUUCUGUUCCAACAAAUCUCCUUCAGGGACCUUCGAAAUUGAUUCCCUGCGGCUCUGGUCUGCUGAUCCUGCUGCUCUAUCUUCCUCUGCACACAUGAACAAUUCUCUGCUGUUCUUCUGGCGUCCAGAGACGAUAGCUGCAAUUCUGUGAUUUCGUGAUCUCUCUCGUGAAACGACGUCCCCGUGUGCCUAGUUUACGUAUAAAACGAUCCUAGUCCUGCAGCACUCCUGGUUGGUUGCGAGCUCCAAAACGCAACGUUCUCUGACCCUUCGAUCAGCCUCCCCUAUUCUCCUCUUGAGGCGUUAGAUCCUUCUGUUACUGCAAAGCUUCUAAGUUUUCUCACAUCAAUACCAUCAUGGUCCGCCAUCCAGUGGUGAUUUGGGCGCAGCGGUCAGACAACGCCUUCAUAACAGUCGAGCUGCCGGACGCCAAAGACAUCACGACGAACCUAGACCCGGAGGGGAAGCUAUCCUACUCCGCUAAAGCAGGAUCCGAUGAUCAAGAAUUCGCCGUCGAUCUGGAGCUAUUCGAUAAAAUCAACGCCGAGGAGAGCAAGGUGGUGAGCACUUCGCGGCACACGAUAUUCAUGCUGGUUAAGGCCGAGAAAAAGUGGUGGCCGCGGCUCAUCAAGGCGGGGGGACGAGCUCCGCCGUUCCUCAAGGUCGACUGGAACAAGUGGGUGGACGAAGACGAGGAGUCGAGCGCUGGCCAAUUCGACCCUGACUUCAUGAAACAAUUCCAGGGUGCUGGUGGUUUUGGCGGUGCUGGUGGCUUUGGUGGUGCUGGUGGCUUUGGUGGUGCUGGUGGUUUUGGCGCUGGUGGUUUCGGAGGUGCUGAUUUCGGUGGGGCUGACUUUGGUGGUGCUGAUUUCGGCGGUGCGGAUCUGGGUGGUGAUGAUGACGAGGAAGGGGAGGAUGAAGAGUUGGGAGACCUUGAGAAGUGACCCAAGUCACAAUGACGUACCGUAUGUUGCUGCAGUCAUUAUGGACCCAGCACCCAUCCCAUCCCUCAAAUGAAGCUUUGCUGCUUAGAAGCAUAACCACAGGACAACUGGUAGGUGACAUUCAGCUGAAUGUCAGAUCAGAUGCAAUAGGCACUGGAUUAGGGAAAUUGUCCAAUUUGCUGUUGACAGUGCACGGGUUGGGCAUUGAAGCGAGGAUCUCAAGAAGCAGAAAACCAAAUCCAAAGGUUAUGGUUUUGGG